AUGCCACCUAAGAAAGAACACAAACUCUCCCUCGAGAGCAGGCUGUCAGCACCAAGAUUCCACUGGAACGUGAAGUGGAGUUCUGGGGACGACGCAGCACUCCUUGACUCUCUCAAGACUUUUUCUGAUGGAAACUCGGCUGAUAAUGGAACUUUCAAAUAUGCAGCAUUUACAGCUGCUGCGAAGGCCCUCAAAGACAGCCACAAAUCCAGUGGGGGUGCUCCAAAAACUGCGAAAAGUUGCUCACGUCGUUGGGGCACUCUGAAGGCUAACUGUCUCGUUGUCCAAAAACUGCGAGAGUUGUCUGGAUUUGGAUGGGACGAGAUGAGGAAGAUUGUCAUUGCCAGUGACAAAGUGUGGGAUGAUUACCUUGAGGCACAUCCCGAAGCCAAGGUUUGGCGUUCGACACCAUUCCCCCUCUAUGAUGACAUCAUUGUACUUGUGGAUGGAUGUCAUGCGACUGGUGAAGGGGCCUUGCAUAUUGGGUAUGAGAUGAGCCCUCCCUGGCCAAGCACACUUCUCGAUGACGAGGAUGAUGUCUUUGUAGGUGAGGAUGUACUUGGAGGGAAUCCUGAGUCUGAAUCAGUCGACGAGAAAGUGUCUAUACCUGUUUCUCACACUCCGCGUGUUCCGAAACACGGACGUGCUCCUUCAGUAUCACCAACUUCAACUGGAGUCCAUAAAAAAUGUUCUAAUGUGAAGCUGACUGGUCCAGCAGCAAUUCUUGGAGUAGCUGAUGCUCUCGAAUCUGUUGCUACGUCGUUCACUGCUCCUACUAGUUUUCUCGAUGAUGUUCCUAGUACUCCGAAACGUCGCAUUAAUGCCAUCCAGGCCGUUUGUACUGAUGCUUCCUUAUCAUCUGAUGAACGUGCAAAGGUUGUUGCUCUUUUUACCAAAGAUGUAGCUAUUGCAGAUGCCUAUACUGCCAUUUCAGAUGUCUCUCUUCGUUCUAUGUACAUUCGUCUUGAACUUGAAAAAUAG